AUGAAAGUAUUGUGUUUGAUCUGCUUAAUAUAUAUGGGACAGAGCUUGUCUGUAUAGAUUAGCUAGAAACCUACAUGCUUUUAUGUUAAAUCAUAUACAGGAGACACUUAUGUUACUGUAAAUUAUUAGAUAUCUGGAAUUGAUGAAAAUAAAACAGAAAUUACAAUAGAAUCAGAAAACGGAGAUAAAUUAGUCAAGAAAUAAAAUACAAAAGAAGGAGCACUUAAGUAAUUCUUAAGAGAAAAGGGCACUUAUUAUAUCUGUUUCAAAAGCUUAUCCAAAGGCUAUAAGACUGUAAGUUUUGACUUUGACAUGGAUGGUGUAGAUAAAGAAUAUGCUCAAUCAGAACAAUUUAGUGAAAUGUCAAAAGAGUUGUCAAGAACUAAUAGAAACUAUUAGGCAAUUUACAGAAACUAAAACUGGAUUACUGACAGAGAGAAUGCUCAUUAAAUGUUGUUGGAGUAAACAUAAUAAAAUGUUAAAUGGUGUGCUUUAGCUAAAAUAGGAAUAUUAUUAACAAUAGCUAUAACUUAGAUUUGUGUUGUGUAUUAUUUUUUUAAAGGCAAAGAUUUUAGUGCAAGUGUUUGA